GCGGAGCGCGUGGAGAGCUUCCUGACAGGCAGGCAGCCUUGGGGCGGGGGCUCCGGCUGCCGGGAAGGGGAGAAAGAAGAGACACAGAAGGGGGAAAAGCGGUGCACGAGGGACGCGACGCGACACGAGACAAAGGUGUCCCCCAAGACCUUCAAUUUAUAUUCAACAAGUGCAAUGAAUAUAUAGAGAGUCCCUCCAUGAGAGCCACUGCUUAUCCUGUAAAACACAAAAUGAAAAUCUAACGACAAAGACAAUGUGACGCCAAAGAUUUGGAACCUUUUUUUUGGGGGAGUGAAUGAGAUGCUGAAAGCCUAGGAGCAGCUGCACUCCUGGAGGGCCGGCCUGCCUGUGGACGGAGACGUAAGAUAGCAUUAAGAUGACGGAAGGAAGACUAUGCCAGGUUCAUCUGCUGGACGGGCGGAAGCUGGAGCUCUUAGUUCAGCCCAAGCUGCUGUCCCGAGAGCUGCUCGACUUGGUGUCGUCUCACUUCAACUUGAAAGAGAAGGAGUACUUUGGAAUAACCUUCAUCGACAACUAUGGCCAAUGUAACUGGCUGCAGCUGGAUCGUAGAGUCCUGGAUCACGACUUUUCAAAGAAACCAGGACCAGUAGCCUUGAACUUCUCUGUCAGAUUUUAUAUCGAGAGCAUUUCAUUCCUGAAAGAAAACACAACAGUGGAACUGUUCUUUCUGAAUGCAAAGGCCUGCGUCUUCAAGGAAGACAUUGAAGUGGAAAGUGAAACAGCCUUCAAGCUCGCGGCAUAUACUUUGCAGGAAGCAAAGGGUGAUUUCAAAAGUGAUGAAAGUGCAAGAUCAGAGCUUCAGAAGUUGCCAGCUGUGCCAACAAGGGUUCUUAAAGAGCAUCCUUCACUUGCUUAUUGUGAGGACAAAGUGAUUGAGUACUACAAAAAGCUGAAGGGUAUCACCAGAGGACAAGCGAUUGUGCAAUAUUUGACUCUGGUAGAAUCUCUUCCUACUUAUGGUGUUCACUAUUUUGAAGUCAAGGACAAACAAGGGAUACCAUGGUGGCUUGGAAUUAGUUACAAAGGAAUUGGGCAGUAUGACUUACAAGACAAAGUUAAACCAAGAAAGUUGUUCCAAUGGAAGCAGCUAGAGAACUUAUAUUUUCGUGAGAAGAAAUUUGCUGUUGAAGUCAAUGAACCUCAUAGAGGAACAAUUUCAAAGCGUGCCUUUGGACAGACUGGAUUUGUGAUUUACACAUGGUAUGCAAGUCAUUCCUUGAUUAAGACCAUCUGGGUUAUGGCAAUUAGUCAACAUCAGUUUUACUUGGAUCGAAAACAGAGUAAAGCAAAAAUUCCAACAGCAAGAAGUUUAGGAGAUAUAGCAAUGGAUCUUACUGACAACGGAACCCAAAAUGUAACUCUGAAGGUUAACCUGGAGACCAAGAAUCAGCUUAUUAUGGCGAGCAAUACUAGUCUAGUGUCAUCAGAAUCUCAAGAUGAGUCCAUUGAUGAGCAGAAGAAAGAAAAACUUGCAGAAAUAAAUGAGAAAAAAAAGAACUUACAGGACAUCCUGGCUCAAAAGUUAGAUGAACUGAAAAAGAUUUGCCUGAGAGAGGCGGAGCUGACAGGUAGAUUGCCAAAUGAAUAUCCAUUGUCUGCUGGGGAGACGGCUCCACACGUAAGACGGAGAAUAGGCACGGCUUUUAAGCUUGACGAUCUAUCACAUGCAGAGGAUCCUGACUUGCACACCCUGGAAAGCAGGUUUUCUCUGCAACAGAAGAUUGUAGAGGCAGCAAAAAAACUAGCUACUGAGCCUGAACUAUGCAAAACUGUAAGGAAAAAAAGAAAGCAAAACCUAUAUGAUGCAGUUAAAAAACUGCAGGAAAUUGAAGAUGCAAUAAAUGAAUACCGAAUCAGAGUUGGGAAGAAACCUACUCAGAGAGCCUCACUUAUAUUUUCAGAUGAGGUGAUUCCUUCAGAAAGUAGCUCCCUGUCUGACAGUCUCAUCUUUGAUGAUGAUGAUUCAGUUGUGUCUCAACGGACCCCUAGUCGAUCUGUUCAGUACUCCCCCAGGCAUCAUCCUCCACAGUCUUUUAAUACUUCUGUUUCAGACCACGUCGGGAGAUUUGAUGACAGUGAUGACAUACAAAGCGUCUCUCACUCCCUCUAUAGAGAGAGCCCAGCAGUGUACGAUCAUUAUUCUUAUGCCACCACCGGAAGAUUUCCUAGCAUGCCACAAACUCCACUUUUGUCUCACAGCAUCAGUCAGCCACGGCAACGGAGUGGGAGCCUGGAAUCCCAGUUUGUUUCUGAAAGCGAUCCGGAAAAGCCACGUUUCUUGUUAGACCAAGGAAGAAGUAACAGUACAGAAGUCUUGGAUGAUGGAUCUUCAUACACUAGUCAGUCCAGCACUGAAUGCAACAGCACAACUAGACGACCAAACCAUCACUAUCGCACUGUGGGGAAUAUGAGGCACAAGAAACAAAACUAUGCCAAUACAGGCAGCAUGCCAAAUUUAGCCCAAAAUGACUUGAGACAUUACACGUACCAGUCUGUGUCACCUCAGAUGUCAACUGCAUACUGCAUUACAGGAUAUGUGCCUUACACUGACACAGAGCCAUUCUCCAAUGGAGGUUGUGUUUAUGAAAAUGAAUCAGAGGGACGUUAUUAUCUCAAUACCUCUUAUCCUGCUCCAUACUAUGGACAUGAAAAAUACCUUGACUAUCCCGAACAGGAUGAGACUGAUCACUUUGCCCAUAAUCCUUAUGCAACUAUAAGACCUCCCAGAGGCCGACAAGUUACAGCCACACAGGAUGUAACAAAAAAUAUCCAGAAGGCACUGGUGGCAGAACAGCUUCGUGGCUGGUACAAACGGGCUGCUGUACACAGGGAUCAUGGACGGAACCUGCAGGCGGGUUACGAGUUUGACAGAAGAUCGAUGCAAAGCUUGGGUUAUUCAUCUGCUCCAGGACCUUUCACACCUAACAACAGAGUACCUUCAUUUCCUUCAGUUUCCUCUGGAGCAAGAAAUUGGCAAAGUCAGAUGAAUGUUGGCUCGGUGGAUUAUGAGGCCUCUAUAAACCAACAGCUACACUAUAGCAGUCCUCAUGGCCGCUCCUACAGUAGCACUCCUCUUCACAGCAGAUCCUACGUCGAUUUGAAUCACCUGGAUGGGAUGGUCAGAGAUCAUUUGGAAAGCAAAGAUGAAGAGCAGCAGAUGCUUUACUGGCAUGAGGACUCCAAGCCAGGGACGAUAGUGUAGCAUCGCCUUUUACACCUGACCUCAGUAGCACUGUGCCGUUUCAUGAUGUGCCUUGCUCCAAACGUUUACUGUACUACCAAGGAUGGUUUAUUACAAAAUGGAAAAUAAGUCGAUCCAAAAGAGAAAGUAGCUGGAUUUCAAGACGUCCUGUAGGGUUGGGAUUUUCAGCUCCGCUCAGAUGCAGAACUCCGUUGGUGUCACAGUUACUCGGACGUCUCUAAUAAUAAAGUCGUGUUGUGACGGCACUCAUGUUAGACUUAGCACUUGGACAUACCGUAGCUGUACAGUAAGUAGCAUCUUGAUGACUCCCACCUCCAUCAGCCGAGCUCGUUCAGUGUCACAAGGUUGGCCAUUUUUCUGUGUCACGAUGACACAAAGGGUAUCAAGUGUUCCGGAACGUGACACACACAUGAAUGCUGUCCUUAACGUUACAACACAGAGAGGAUGGCAUGCAUUUUGAAAACCUAAAGCCAGCAUUGUAAUGCUCACUACAUCGGUUCUUUUUUCCGGCAUAUAUCACAAAAAAAAAAUAAACCUUUUCAGAUUUA